UGGGAAUGAAACGACGCCAGUGGCUUUUGCUGAGGGGCAUUGACCGUGGAAGGAAGCACGCUGACUUUGGAUAUCUCCGGCAGAGAGGCCACCUUGCCGUGGAGAGGCUUUCGGCUCUAAACCUCGAGGAGGAAGGAGUCAUCCCCGACGAGUACUUCUGAUGAAAAUAAUGGUGAGGGCAAUUUCGCCUAGGUCAGGCAGUGGAG